CUUCCCUCUUGCAUCCUCAUCAUCCUGUAUCCAAACACAAAACAUGGUCAAAAAAGUCACUGACACCAAAACUUCAUCUGCAGUUCCUGUCUCUCCACCAUUGAAUGCAGAACAAAAUCCAGAGAGCUCAUAACCACUGAUUCUUGUCAACCUUUUUCACAUCUCAAUCCAUCUGUCUCUCUUCCGUUGGCUGGCCUCUCCCCUGUUUCCCUGACUCCGUCUCUGUUUUUUCCUCUGUUUUUCUCAUGCUUAGGGUGGAGUAAAAAUCCAUUCUUUCUUUGUCUUCAGAGCCCCUAUCAGUCCAAGAUUUCUUUUUGUGUGUAGUAAUGGAGUUAGUCCCUUACUCGGACCCGAAUUCAAAGCCAGAAUCCUCAACCGUCCCAUGGCAGGACAUGUUCAGAUCCGGUUCAUUCCGGAAGCCUACCACAACCAAUCCUCAAAAGCCGCCAACCAACUCAUCCAACGCGCCACCGUCGGAGGCAAACCUCAAUAACCCAGAUCAUAAAACCACCUUCUCAGGUGAUCCUCAGGUGCGCCUUUCCAUUUACAUAGCCAUGGCUCAUGCUGGCCUUGCUUUAACAAUCUUCGUUCUUUAUUUUGUGUGCAAGCUUUUGCAAGAGUAUUUGAGGCCUAUUCAAUGGGCUAUUUUGUGUUCAAUUCCUUUGAGAGGAAUACAAGAGACCCUCGUUGAUUUCUGGAGUGAGCCUUUGAAACUAGGCCUUACUGAGACUGUUCUUGCAGUUCCAGUUGCCAUUUUUAAGGCUUUUGUAGGUACUAUUGCUGAUAUUAAGGAUGUUUUUUUAAGGGUUUUUCUUAAAAGGCCAAAAAGAGAGGGUCCUAGAAGAACAAGAAGAAGUGGGUUUUCAAAAUUAGUGAGAUGGUUAGUGUCAUUUGGGGUGUUUGUGAUAGCCUAUGAGAGAAUUGGUGGUAUGGGUUCAUUGUUGAUUCUUGGUUUAGGGUUCAUCUCUAGUACUAAAACUGCUGGCUCUACAUUUUCUGCUGUAGCUUCUUUCAAAAGCAACAGCAUCAAGCGAACUGCAAUUAGUGGAUUUUUCACCAGAGGGAUAUUAAAAAGAUUGAAAACCAUGGUGGCAAUUGGAUUAAUUGUGGGUAUGAUUGUGGGGUUUUUGGCUGGACUGAUCUUUUUCUCAUAUAAGAUCGGUGUUGAAGGAAAAGAUGUAGUCAUUUCAUUAAAAUCACAUGUAGAAGAGAAUAAUUAUGCAGAAAGACUUGGCAUUAAGAAGUGGAUGGAAGAGAAUGAUGUUCCUGGAAUGGUAGAUAAAUACACCACCACAGUCUAUGAAACAGUUUCUGAGCAAAUAGAUACUUUGGCUAUGCAGUAUAAUUUGACAGAGCUUGUAACUGGGAUCAAGCAUUUUGUCAUCAGUACCCCAGCAAAUUCUUCUGAGCAAUCAACUGCAGCGAUGAGGCCAUCGCCCUACACUGAGAAGCUUAUGAAUUUGAGAAUGAAAAUCACUAAGCAGGAGUGGGGGGAGAUUUAUACAGAAUUAGAUGCAAUUUUCAGGGAAUUGAUAAUCACCAGGGAGGAUCUUGUUGAGAAGGCAAAAGGGUUUGCAGUUCGAGGGAUGGAUGUGUCACAGCGUGUAUUAACUAGUAGUGCAUCUGUUUUAGGUGGUGGUGCUAAGCUCAUGUUCUCCAUCGGAAACUCCAUAAUCUCUGGAGCUGCAGAAGUUUUUAACUUUGUGUCUCAGUCAAUGGUGUUCUUCUGGGUUUUGUAUUAUCUAAUUACAUCAGAAUCUGGAGGUGUAACUGAACAAGUAAUGUGCAUGGUUCCAAUUCCAAAAGCAGCAAGAACAAGGUGUGUUGAUGUUCUUGACAAUGCUAUAUCUGGAGUUCUGUUAGCAACUGCUGAGAUUGCAUUCUUCCAAGGUUGUCUUACAUGGCUUUUGUUCAGAUUGUAUGAUAUUCAUUUCCUGUACGUUUCAACUGUUUUGGCAUUUAUCAGCCCUCUGGUUCCAAUCUUUCCACCAUGGUUUGCAACAAUUCCAGCCACUGUGCAACUGGUGCUAGAGAGCAGAUACAUACUGGCUAUUAGCUUGUCCAUGAUUCAUAUUGCGCUCAUGGACUAUGGUGCAUCUGAAAUUCAGGAGGAUAUACCAGGUUACAGUGAAUAUCUUACUGGGCUCAGCAUUAUUGGUGGAAUGACACUGUUCCCAUCUCCAGUGGAGGGAGCAAUAAUGGGGCCAUUGAUAACCACUGUUGUGAUUGGUCUGAAGGAUUUGUAUGCUGAAUUUGUUCUGGACGAACCAAAGAAGAAUGAUUAGCAAAAUGAAGUCAGAAACUCUUGCCAGUUCCAAUUCUUUUGUUUGUACACUUGUGAAGUGAUGUACAUUAGUUUGAGCCAUUUUAGCAGAAGCACAUAGCUCGGCCAUUGUCUUCCCAAUCAUUGAAUAGUAGUUUUGGUUUCUUUCUUUAUAGGAAAGAUGCAUAUUUUGCAUUUUGUUGGUUGUUGGCAGCCUCGUCAAAGUUAAAAUUGUAGAUUUUCCAUGUAUUUGUUGUCCUUAAGAAUUUGUGGAAUGUCGUCUUGAAGGGGUGAUGUCUGUGAGAAUCUUUAUUGUUGCAAAUAAUUAAUCGCAUGAAAUAGUAUACUUCA